CCUCCACAGUGCCUACUAAUCUAUCAAGCGCAAUUGCUUCUCCUGGUACGAUAAACACUACUGUCUCUACUGAUCUGUCAAGCACAGCUGGAACUAAUCAUCUUACAGAUACUACAAUUUCAGCCAGCACAUCAGUCAUAACUGCCCCUGCUGGCCAGUCAAGCAAUACAGUUCACAAUGAUUUAUCAAGCACAACUAUUUCUACAGAUGAAUCGAUCACACCUGCUCCAGCUGGCCAGUCAAGCAAUACAGUUCAAACCGAUUUAUCAAGCACAACUAUUUCUACUGGUAUUUCAAAUAGUAUAAUUCCUACAGAUAUAUCAGUCACAACUGCUAUUGAUGGUCCUUCAAGCAGCACAGACCAGACUCAUCCAUUAAGCAUAACUGCUCCUAAUCAUUUUUCAAACACUGCAGGCCCUAUUCAUCAAUCUAGCACAACUGUUCAUACUGGAACUUUGACCACUGCAAUUCAUAAUGAUUUCUCAAGCACAACUGUUCCCAAUGGUCCGUUCAUCACUAAAGAUAAUUCAGAUUCAUCAAAGACAUCUGUUCCUGUUGGUUCUACAUCUGCUGCAUUUUCUACUGAUCAGUCAAGCACAAAAGUUCCAACUGGACCCACAACCAUGGCUGUUGCUACUGAUCUGUCAAACAGAACUGUUCCAAAUCAUUCAAGUUCCUCAGGUCAUACUGAUCAGUUAAGCACAACUAUAGUUACUGGUCCAUCAACUACUACAGUUCCUAGUGAUCUUUCAGACACAACUGUUCUUUCAGACACUUCAGCCUCCACAGUGCCUACUAAUCAAUCAAACGCAAUUGUAUCUCCUGGUACCAUAAACACCACUGUCUCUACUGAUCUGUCAAGCACAGCUGGACCUAAUCAUCUUACAGAUACUACAAUUUCAGCCAGCACAACGAUUACAACUGCUCCAGCUGCCCAGUCAAGCAAUACAGUUCAUACGGAUUUAUCAAGCACAACUAUUUCUACAGAUGAAUCUAUCACAACUGUUUCAGCUGGCCAGUCAAGCAAUACAGUUCAAACUGGUUUAUCAAGCACAACUAUUUCUACUGGUAUUUCAAAUAGCAUAAUUCCUACAGAUAUAUCAAUCACAACUGCUCUUAAUGGUCCUUCAAGCAGCACUGUCCACACUGAUCCAUCAAGCAUAACUGAUCCUAAUCAUUUUUCAAACACUGCAGUAACUACUCAUCGACCUAGCACAACUGUUCAUUCUGGAUCCUCAACCACUGCAGUUCCCACUGAUCUGUCAAGCACAGAUGCUCCUAAUCAUCCUGUCAUCACUAAAGAUCCUUCAGAUUCAUCAAAGACAUCUAUAUCUGAUGGUUCUACAACUGCUGCAGUUCUUACUGACCAGUCAAGCACAACUCUUCCUCUAGGCCUUUCGAGCAAUGCAGUUUUGUCCAGUCUGUUAACCACAACAGUUCCUACUGGUCCCACAAGCAUGGCUGUUGCUACUGAUCUGUCAAGCGGAACUGUUCCCAAUGAUCAUUCAAGUAUCUCAGGUCACACUGAUCAGUUAAGCACAACUAUAGCUACUGGUCCCUCAACUACCACAGCUCCUACUUAUCUUCCAUACACAACUGUUCUUUCAGACUCUUCAACCUCCACAGUGCCUACUAAUCUAUCAAGCGCAAUUGCUUCUCCUGGUACGAUAAACACUACUGUCUCUACUGAUCUGUCAAGCACAGCUGGAACUAAUCAUCUUACAGAUACUACAAUUUCAGCCAGCACAUCAGUCAUAACUGCCCCUGCUGGCCAGUCAAGCAAUACAGUUCACAAUGAUUUAUCAAGCACAACUAUUUCUACAGAUGAAUCGAUCACACCUGCUCCAGCUGGCCAGUCAAGCAAUACAGUUCAAACCGAUUUAUCAAGCACAACUAUUUCUACUGGUAUUUCAAAUAGUAUAAUUCCUACAGAUAUAUCAGUCACAACUGCUAUUGAUGGUCCUUCAAGCAGCACAGACCAGACUCAUCCAUUAAGCAUAACUGCUCCUAAUCAUUUUUCAAACACUGCAGGCCCUAUUCAUCAAUCUAGCACAACUGUUCAUACUGGAACUUUGACCACUGCAAUUCAUAAUGAUUUCUCAAGCACAACUGUUCCCAAUGGUCCGUUCAUCACUAAAGAUAAUUCAGAUUCAUCAAAGACAUCUGUUCCUGUUGGUUCUACAUCUGCUGCAUUUUCUACUGAUCAGUCAAGCACAAAAGUUCCAACUGGACCCACAACCAUGGCUGUUGCUACUGAUCUGUCAAACAGAACUGUUCCAAAUCAUUCAAGUUCCUCAGGUCAUACUGAUCAGUUAAGCACAACUAUAGUUACUGGUCCAUCAACUACUACAGUUCCUAGUGAUCUUUCAGACACAACUGUUCUUUCAGACACUUCAGCCUCCACAGUGCCUACUAAUCAAUCAAACGCAAUUGUAUCUCCUGGUACCAUAAACACCACUGUCUCUACUGAUCUGUCAAGCACAGCUGGACCUAAUCAUCUUACAGAUACUACAAUUUCAGCCAGCACAACGAUUACAACUGCUCCAGCUGCCCAGUCAAGCAAUACAGUUCAUACGGAUUUAUCAAGCACAACUAUUUCUACAGAUGAAUCUAUCACAACUGUUUCAGCUGGCCAGUCAAGCAAUACAGUUCAAACUGGUUUAUCAAGCACAACUAUUUCUACUGGUAUUUCAAAUAGCAUAAUUCCUACAGAUAUAUCAAUCACAACUGCUCUUAAUGGUCCUUCAAGCAGCACUGUCCACACUGAUCCAUCAAGCAUAACUGAUCCUAAUCAUUUUUCAAACACUGCAGUAACUACUCAUCGACCUAGCACAACUGUUCAUUCUGGAUCCUCAACCACUGCAGUUCCCACUGAUCUGUCAAGCACAGAUGCUCCUAAUCAUCCUGUCAUCACUAAAGAUCCUUCAGAUUCAUCAAAGACAUCUAUAUCUGAUGGUUCUACAACUGCUGCAGUUCUUACUGACCAGUCAAGCACAACUCUUCCUCUAGGCCUUUCGAGCAAUGCAGUUUUGUCCAGUCUGUUAACCACAACAGUUCCUACUGGUCCCACAAGCAUGGCUGUUGCUACUGAUCUGUCAAGCGGAACUGUUCCCAAUGAUCAUUCAAGUAUCUCAGGUCACACUGAUCAGUUAAGCACAACUAUAGCUACUGGUCCCUCAACUACCACAGCUCCUACUUAUCUUCCAUACACAACUGUUCUUUCAGACUCUUCAACCUCCACAGUGCCUACUAAUCUAUCAAGCGCAAUUGCUUCUCCUGGUACGAUAAACACUACUGUCUCUACUGAUCUGUCAAGCACAGCUGGAACUAAUCAUCUUACAGAUACUACAAUUUCAGCCAGCACAUCAGUCAUAACUGCCCCUGCUGGCCAGUCAAGCAAUACAGUUCACAAUGAUUUAUCAAGCACAACUAUUUCUACAGAUGAAUCGAUCACACCUGCUCCAGCUGGCCAGUCAAGCAAUACAGUUCAAACCGAUUUAUCAAGCACAACUAUUUCUACUGGUAUUUCAAAUAGUAUAAUUCCUACAGAUAUAUCAGUCACAACUGCUAUUGAUGGUCCUUCAAGCAGCACAGACCAGACUCAUCCAUUAAGCAUAACUGCUCCUAAUCAUUUUUCAAACACUGCAGGCCCUAUUCAUCAAUCUAGCACAACUGUUCAUACUGGAACUUUGACCACUGCAAUUCAUAAUGAUUUCUCAAGCACAACUGUUCCCAAUGGUCCGUUCAUCACUAAAGAUAAUUCAGAUUCAUCAAAGACAUCUGUUCCUGUUGGUUCUACAUCUGCUGCAUUUUCUACUGAUCAGUCAAGCACAAAAGUUCCAACUGGACCCACAACCAUGGCUGUUGCUACUGAUCUGUCAAACAGAACUGUUCCAAAUCAUUCAAGUUCCUCAGGUCAUACUGAUCAGUUAAGCACAACUAUAGUUACUGGUCCAUCAACUACUACAGUUCCUAGUGAUCUUUCAGACACAACUGUUCUUUCAGACACUUCAGCCUCCACAGUGCCUACUAAUCAAUCAAACGCAAUUGUAUCUCCUGGUACCAUAAACACCACUGUCUCUACUGAUCUGUCAAGCACAGCUGGACCUAAUCAUCUUACAGAUACUACAAUUUCAGCCAGCACAACGAUUACAACUGCUCCAGCUGCCCAGUCAAGCAAUACAGUUCAUACGGAUUUAUCAAGCACAACUAUUUCUACAGAUGAAUCUAUCACAACUGUUUCAGCUGGCCAGUCAAGCAAUACAGUUCAAACUGGUUUAUCAAGCACAACUAUUUCUACUGGUAUUUCAAAUAGCAUAAUUCCUACAGAUAUAUCAAUCACAACUGCUCUUAAUGGUCCUUCAAGCAGCACUGUCCACACUGAUCCAUCAAGCAUAACUGAUCCUAAUCAUUUUUCAAACACUGCAGUAACUACUCAUCGACCUAGCACAACUGUUCAUUCUGGAUCCUCAACCACUGCAGUUCCCACUGAUCUGUCAAGCACAGAUGCUCCUAAUCAUCCUGUCAUCACUAAAGAUCCUUCAGAUUCAUCAAAGACAUCUAUAUCUGAUGGUUCUACAACUGCUGCAGUUCUUACUGACCAGUCAAGCACAACUCUUCCUCUAGGCCUUUCGAGCAAUGCAGUUUUGUCCAGUCUGUUAACCACAACAGUUCCUACUGGUCCCACAAGCAUGGCUGUUGCUACUGAUCUGUCAAGCGGAACUGUUCCCAAUGAUCAUUCAAGUAUCUCAGGUCACACUGAUCAGUUAAGCACAACUAUAGCUACUGGUCCCUCAACUACCACAGCUCCUACUUAUCUUCCAUACACAACUGUUCUUUCAGACUCUUCAACCUCCACAGUGCCUACUAAUCUAUCAAGCGCAAUUGCUUCUCCUGGUACGAUAAACACUACUGUCUCUACUGAUCUGUCAAGCACAGCUGGAACUAAUCAUCUUACAGAUACUACAAUUUCAGCCAGCACAUCAGUCAUAACUGCCCCUGCUGGCCAGUCAAGCAAUACAGUUCACAAUGAUUUAUCAAGCACAACUAUUUCUACAGAUGAAUCGAUCACACCUGCUCCAGCUGGCCAGUCAAGCAAUACAGUUCAAACCGAUUUAUCAAGCACAACUAUUUCUACUGGUAUUUCAAAUAGUAUAAUUCCUACAGAUAUAUCAGUCACAACUGCUAUUGAUGGUCCUUCAAGCAGCACAGACCAGACUCAUCCAUUAAGCAUAACUGCUCCUAAUCAUUUUUCAAACACUGCAGGCCCUAUUCAUCAAUCUAGCACAACUGUUCAUACUGGAACUUUGACCACUGCAAUUCAUAAUGAUUUCUCAAGCACAACUGUUCCCAAUGGUCCGUUCAUCACUAAAGAUAAUUCAGAUUCAUCAAAGACAUCUGUUCCUGUUGGUUCUACAUCUGCUGCAUUUUCUACUGAUCAGUCAAGCACAAAAGUUCCAACUGGACCCACAACCAUGGCUGUUGCUACUGAUCUGUCAAACAGAACUGUUCCAAAUCAUUCAAGUUCCUCAGGUCAUACUGAUCAGUUAAGCACAACUAUAGUUACUGGUCCAUCAACUACUACAGUUCCUAGUGAUCUUUCAGACACAACUGUUCUUUCAGACACUUCAGCCUCCACAGUGCCUACUAAUCAAUCAAACGCAAUUGUAUCUCCUGGUACCAUAAACACCACUGUCUCUACUGAUCUGUCAAGCACAGCUGGACCUAAUCAUCUUACAGAUACUACAAUUUCAGCCAGCACAACGAUUACAACUGCUCCAGCUGCCCAGUCAAGCAAUACAGUUCAUACGGAUUUAUCAAGCACAACUAUUUCUACAGAUGAAUCUAUCACAACUGUUUCAGCUGGCCAGUCAAGCAAUACAGUUCAAACUGGUUUAUCAAGCACAACUAUUUCUACUGGUAUUUCAAAUAGCAUAAUUCCUACAGAUAUAUCAAUCACAACUGCUCUUAAUGGUCCUUCAAGCAGCACUGUCCACACUGAUCCAUCAAGCAUAACUGAUCCUAAUCAUUUUUCAAACACUGCAGUAACUACUCAUCGACCUAGCACAACUGUUCAUUCUGGAUCCUCAACCACUGCAGUUCCCACUGAUCUGUCAAGCACAGAUGCUCCUAAUCAUCCUGUCAUCACUAAAGAUCCUUCAGAUUCAUCAAAGACAUCUAUAUCUGAUGGUUCUACAACUGCUGCAGUUCUUACUGACCAGUCAAGCACAACUCUUCCUCUAGGCCUUUCGAGCAAUGCAGUUUUGUCCAGUCUGUUAACCACAACAGUUCCUACUGGUCCCACAAGCAUGGCUGUUGCUACUGAUCUGUCAAGCGGAACUGUUCCCAAUGAUCAUUCAAGUAUCUCAGGUCACACUGAUCAGUUAAGCACAACUAUAGCUACUGGUCCCUCAACUACCACAGCUCCUACUUAUCUUCCAUACACAACUGUUCUUUCAGACUCUUCAACCUCCACAGUGCCUACUAAUCUAUCAAGCGCAAUUGCUUCUCCUGGUACGAUAAACACUACUGUCUCUACUGAUCUGUCAAGCACAGCUGGAACUAAUCAUCUUACAGAUACUACAAUUUCAGCCAGCACAUCAGUCAUAACUGCCCCUGCUGGCCAGUCAAGCAAUACAGUUCACAAUGAUUUAUCAAGCACAACUAUUUCUACAGAUGAAUCGAUCACACCUGCUCCAGCUGGCCAGUCAAGCAAUACAGUUCAAACCGAUUUAUCAAGCACAACUAUUUCUACUGGUAUUUCAAAUAGUAUAAUUCCUACAGAUAUAUCAGUCACAACUGCUAUUGAUGGUCCUUCAAGCAGCACAGACCAGACUCAUCCAUUAAGCAUAACUGCUCCUAAUCAUUUUUCAAACACUGCAGGCCCUAUUCAUCAAUCUAGCACAACUGUUCAUACUGGAACUUUGACCACUGCAAUUCAUAAUGAUUUCUCAAGCACAACUGUUCCCAAUGGUCCGUUCAUCACUAAAGAUAAUUCAGAUUCAUCAAAGACAUCUGUUCCUGUUGGUUCUACAUCUGCUGCAUUUUCUACUGAUCAGUCAAGCACAAAAGUUCCAACUGGACCCACAACCAUGGCUGUUGCUACUGAUCUGUCAAACAGAACUGUUCCAAAUCAUUCAAGUUCCUCAGGUCAUACUGAUCAGUUAAGCACAACUAUAGUUACUGGUCCAUCAACUACUACAGUUCCUAGUGAUCUUUCAGACACAACUGUUCUUUCAGACACUUCAGCCUCCACAGUGCCUACUAAUCAAUCAAACGCAAUUGUAUCUCCUGGUACCAUAAACACCACUGUCUCUACUGAUCUGUCAAGCACAGCUGGACCUAAUCAUCUUACAGAUACUACAAUUUCAGCCAGCACAACGAUUACAACUGCUCCAGCUGCCCAGUCAAGCAAUACAGUUCAUACGGAUUUAUCAAGCACAACUAUUUCUACAGAUGAAUCUAUCACAACUGUUUCAGCUGGCCAGUCAAGCAAUACAGUUCAAACUGGUUUAUCAAGCACAACUAUUUCUACUGGUAUUUCAAAUAGCAUAAUUCCUACAGAUAUAUCAAUCACAACUGCUCUUAAUGGUCCUUCAAGCAGCACUGUCCACACUGAUCCAUCAAGCAUAACUGAUCCUAAUCAUUUUUCAAACACUGCAGUAACUACUCAUCGACCUAGCACAACUGUUCAUUCUGGAUCCUCAACCACUGCAGUUCCCACUGAUCUGUCAAGCACAGAUGCUCCUAAUCAUCCUGUCAUCACUAAAGAUCCUUCAGAUUCAUCAAAGACAUCUAUAUCUGAUGGUUCUACAACUGCUGCAGUUCUUACUGACCAGUCAAGCACAACUCUUCCUCUAGGCCUUUCGAGCAAUGCAGUUUUGUCCAGUCUGUUAACCACAACAGUUCCUACUGGUCCCACAAGCAUGGCUGUUGCUACUGAUCUGUCAAGCGGAACUGUUCCCAAUGAUCAUUCAAGUAUCUCAGGUCACACUGAUCAGUUAAGCACAACUAUAGCUACUGGUCCCUCAACUACCACAGCUCCUACUUAUCUUCCAUACACAACUGUUCUUUCAGACUCUUCAACCUCCACAGUGCCUACUAAUCUAUCAAGCGCAAUUGCUUCUCCUGGUACGAUAAACACUACUGUCUCUACUGAUCUGUCAAGCACAGCUGGAACUAAUCAUCUUACAGAUACUACAAUUUCAGCCAGCACAUCAGUCAUAACUGCCCCUGCUGGCCAGUCAAGCAAUACAGUUCACAAUGAUUUAUCAAGCACAACUAUUUCUACAGAUGAAUCGAUCACACCUGCUCCAGCUGGCCAGUCAAGCAAUACAGUUCAAACCGAUUUAUCAAGCACAACUAUUUCUACUGGUAUUUCAAAUAGUAUAAUUCCUACAGAUAUAUCAGUCACAACUGCUAUUGAUGGUCCUUCAAGCAGCACAGACCAGACUCAUCCAUUAAGCAUAACUGCUCCUAAUCAUUUUUCAAACACUGCAGGCCCUAUUCAUCAAUCUAGCACAACUGUUCAUACUGGAACUUUGACCACUGCAAUUCAUAAUGAUUUCUCAAGCACAACUGUUCCCAAUGGUCCGUUCAUCACUAAAGAUAAUUCAGAUUCAUCAAAGACAUCUGUUCCUGUUGGUUCUACAUCUGCUGCAUUUUCUACUGAUCAGUCAAGCACAAAAGUUCCAACUGGACCCACAACCAUGGCUGUUGCUACUGAUCUGUCAAACAGAACUGUUCCAAAUCAUUCAAGUUCCUCAGGUCAUACUGAUCAGUUAAGCACAACUAUAGUUACUGGUCCAUCAACUACUACAGUUCCUAGUGAUCUUUCAGACACAACUGUUCUUUCAGACACUUCAGCCUCCACAGUGCCUACUAAUCAAUCAAACGCAAUUGUAUCUCCUGGUACUAUAAACACCACUGUCUCUACUGAUCUGUCAAGCACAGCUGGACCUAAUCAUCUUACAGAUACUACAAUUUCAGCCAGCACAACGAUUACAACUGCUCCAGCUGCCCAGUCAAGCAAUACAGUUCAUACGGAUUUAUCAAGCACAACUAUUUCUACAGAUGAAUCUAUCACAACUGUUUCAGCUGGCCAGUCAAGCAAUACAGUUCAAACUGGUUUAUCAAGCACAACUAUUUCUACUGGUAUUUCAAAUAGCAUAAUUCCUACAGAUAUAUCAAUCACAACUGCUCUUAAUGGUCCUUCAAGCAGCACUGUCCACACUGAUCCAUCAAGCAUAACUGAUCCUAAUCAUUUUUCAAACACUGCAGUAACUACUCAUCGACCUAGCACAACUGUUCAUUCUGGAUCCUCAACCACUGCAGUUCCCACUGAUCUGUCAAGCACAGAUGCUCCUAAUCAUCCUGUCAUCACUAAAGAUCCUUCAGAUUCAUCAAAGACAUCUAUAUCUGAUGGUUCUACAACUGCUGCAGUUCUUACUGCCCAGUCAAGCACAACUCUUCCUCUAGGCCUUUCAAGCAAUGCAGUUUUGUCCAGUCUAUUAACCACAACAGUUCCUACUGGUCCCACAAGCAUGGCUGUUGCUACUGAUCUGUCAAGCGGAACUGUUCCCAAUGAUCAUUCAAGUAUCUCAGGUCACACUGAUCAGUUAAGCACAACUAUAGCUACUGGUCCCUCAACUACCACAGCUCCUACUUAUCUUCCAUACACAACUGUUCUUUCAGACUCUUCAACCUCCACAGUGCCUACUAAUCUAUCAAGCGCAAUUGCUUCUCCUGGUACGAUAAACACUACUGUCUCUACUGAUCUGUCAAGCACAGCUGGAACUAAUCAUCUUACAGAUACUACAAUUUCAGCCAGCACAUCAGUCAUAACUGCCCCUGCUGGCCAGUCAAGCAAUACAGUUCACAAUGAUUUAUCAAGCACAACUAUUUCUACAGAUGAAUCGAUCACACCUGCUCCAGCUGGCCAGUCAAGCAAUACAGUUCAAACCGAUUUAUCAAGCACAACUAUUUCUACUGGUAUUUCAAAUAGUAUAAUUCCUACAGAUAUAUCAGUCACAACUGCUAUUGAUGGUCCUUCAAGCAGCACAGACCAGACUCAUCCAUUAAGCAUAACUGCUCCUAAUCAUUUUUCAAACACUGCAGGCCCUAUUCAUCAAUCUAGCACAACUGUUCAUACUGGAACUUUGACCACUGCAAUUCAUAAUGAUUUCUCAAGCACAACUGUUCCCAAUGGUCCGUUCAUCACUAAAGAUAAUUCAGAUUCAUCAAAGACAUCUGUUCCUGUUGGUUCUACAUCUGCUGCAUUUUCUACUGAUCAGUCAAGCACAAAAGUUCCAACUGGACCCACAACCAUGGCUGUUGCUACUGAUCUGUCAAACAGAACUGUUCCAAAUCAUUCAAGUUCCUCAGGUCAUACUGAUCAGUUAAGCACAACUAUAGUUACUGGUCCAUCAACUACUACAGUUCCUAGUGAUCUUUCAGACACAACUGUUCUUUCAGACACUUCAGCCUCCACAGUGCCUACUAAUCAAUCAAACGCAAUUGUAUCUCCUGGUACCAUAAACACCACUGUCUCUACUGAUCUGUCAAGCACAGCUGGACCUAAUCAUCUUACAGAUACUACAAUUUCAGCCAGCACAACGAUUACAACUGCUCCAGCUGCCCAGUCAAGCAAUACAGUUCAUACGGAUUUAUCAAGCACAACUAUUUCUACAGAUGAAUCUAUCACAACUGUUUCAGCUGGCCAGUCAAGCAAUACAGUUCAAACUGGUUUAUCAAGCACAACUAUUUCUACUGGUAUUUCAAAUAGCAUAAUUCCUACAGAUAUAUCAAUCACAACUGCUCUUAAUGGUCCUUCAAGCAGCACUGUCCACACUGAUCCAUCAAGCAUAACUGAUCCUAAUCAUUUUUCAAACACUGCAGUAACUACUCAUCGACCUAGCACAACUGUUCAUUCUGGAUCCUCAACCACUGCAGUUCCCACUGAUCUGUCAAGCACAGAUGCUCCUAAUCAUCCUGUCAUCACUAAAGAUCCUUCAGAUUCAUCAAAGACAUCUAUAUCUGAUGGUUCUACAACUGCUGCAGUUCUUACUGCCCAGUCAAGCACAACUCUUCCUCUAGGCCUUUCAAGCAAUGCAGUUUUGUCCAGUCUAUUAACCACAACAGUUCCUACUGGUCCCACAAGCAUGGCUGUUGCUACUGAUCUGUCAAGCGGAACUGUUCCCAAUGAUCAUUCAAGUAUCUCAGGUCACACUGAUCAGUUAAGCACAACUAUAGCUACUGGUCCCUCAACUACCACAGCUCCUACUUAUCUUCCAUACACAACUGUUCUUUCAGACUCUUCAACCUCCACAGUGCCUACUAAUCUAUCAAGCGCAAUUGCUUCUCCUGGUACGAUAAACACUACUGUCUCUACUGAUCUGUCAAGCACAGCUGGAACUAAUCAUCUUACAGAUACUACAAUUUCAGCCAGCACAUCAGUCAUAACUGCCCCUGCUGGCCAGUCAAGCAAUACAGUUCACAAUGAUUUAUCAAGCACAACUAUUUCUACAGAUGAAUCGAUCACACCUGCUCCAGCUGGCCAGUCAAGCAAUACAGUUCAAACCGAUUUAUCAAGCACAACUAUUUCUACUGGUAUUUCAAAUAGUAUAAUUCCUACAGAUAUAUCAGUCACAACUGCUAUUGAUGGUCCUUCAAGCAGCACAGACCAGACUCAUCCAUUAAGCAUAACUGCUCCUAAUCAUUUUUCAAACACUGCAGGCCCUAUUCAUCAAUCUAGCACAACUGUUCAUACUGGAACUUUGACCACUGCAAUUCAUAAUGAUUUCUCAAGCACAACUGUUCCCAAUGGUCCGUUCAUCACUAAAGAUAAUUCAGAUUCAUCAAAGACAUCUGUUCCUGUUGGUUCUACAUCUGCUGCAUUUUCUACUGAUCAGUCAAGCACAAAAGUUCCAACUGGACCCACAACCAUGGCUGUUGCUACUGAUCUGUCAAACAGAACUGUUCCAAAUCAUUCAAGUUCCUCAGGUCAUACUGAUCAGUUAAGCACAACUAUAGUUACUGGUCCAUCAACUACUACAGUUCCUAGUGAUCUUUCAGACACAACUGUUCUUUCAGACACUUCAGCCUCCACAGUGCCUACUAAUCAAUCAAACGCAAUUGUAUCUCCUGGUACCAUAAACACCACUGUCUCUACUGAUCUGUCAAGCACAGCUGGACCUAAUCAUCUUACAGAUACUACAAUUUCAGCCAGCACAACGAUUACAACUGCUCCAGCUGCCCAGUCAAGCAAUACAGUUCAUACGGAUUUAUCAAGCACAACUAUUUCUACAGAUGAAUCUAUCACAACUGUUUCAGCUGGCCAGUCAAGCAAUACAGUUCAAACUGGUUUAUCAAGCACAACUAUUUCUACUGGUAUUUCAAAUAGCAUAAUUCCUACAGAUAUAUCAAUCACAAUUGCUCUUAAUGGUCCUUCAAGCAGCACUGUCCACACUGAUCCAUCAAGCAUAACUGAUCCUAAUCAUUUUUCAAACACUGCAGUAACUACUCAUCGACCUAGCACAACUGUUCAUUCUGGAUCCUCAACCACUGCAGUUCCCACUGAUCUGUCAAGCACAGAUGCUCCUAAUCAUCCUGUCAUCACUAAAGAUCCUUCAGAUUCAUCAAAGACAUCUAUAUCUGAUGGUUCUACAACUGCUGCAGUUCUUACUGACCAGUCAAGCACAACUCUUCCUCUAGGCCUUUCGAGCAAUGCAGUUUUGUCCAGUCUGUUAACCACAACAGUUCCUACUGGUCCCACAAGCAUGGCUGUUGCUACUGAUCUGUCAAGCGGAACUGUUCCCAAUGAUCAUUCAAGUAUCUCAGGUCACACUGAUCAGUUAAGCACAACUAUAGCUACUGGUCCCUCAACUACCACAGCUCCUACUUAUCUUCCAUACACAACUGUUCUUUCAGACUCUUCAACCUCCACAGUGCCUACUAAUCUAUCAAGCGCAAUUGCUUCUCCUGGUACGAUAAACACUACUGUCUCUACUGAUCUGUCAAGCACAGCUGGGACUAAUCAUCUUACAGAUACUACAAUUUCAGCCAGCACAUCAGUCAUACCUGCUCCAGCUGGCCAGUCAAGCAAUACAGUUCACAAUGAUUUAUCAAGCACAACUAUUUCUACUGGUAUUUCAAAUAGUAUAAUUCCUACAGAUAUAUCAGUCACAACUGCUAUUGAUGGUCCUUCAAGCAGCACAGACCAGACUCAUCCAUUAAGCAUAACUGCUCCUAAUCAUUUUUCAAACACUGCAGGCCCUAUUCAUCAAUCUAGCACAACUGUUCAUACUGGAACUUUGACCACUGCAAUUCAUAAUGAUUUCUCCAGCACAGCUGUUCCCAAUGGUCCGUUCAUCACUAAAGAUAAUUCAGAUUCAUCAAAGACAUCUGUUCCUGUUGGUUCCACAUCUGCUGCUUUUUCUACUGAUCAGUCAAGCACAAAAGUUCCAACUGGACCCACAACCAUGGCUGUUGUUACUGAUCUGUCAAACAGAACUGUUCCAAAUCAUUCAAGUUCCUCAGGUCAUACUGAUCAGUUAAGCACAACUAUAGUUACUGGUCCAUCAACUACUACAGUUCCUAGUGAUCUUUCAGACACUUCAACCGCCACAGUGCCUACUAAUCAAUCAAGCGCAAUUGUAUCUCCUGGUACCAUAAACACCACUGUCUCUACUGAUCUGUCAAGCACAGCUGGACCUAAUCCUGGACCUAAUCAUCUUACAGAUACUACAAUUUCAACCAGUACAUCGAUCACAACUGCUCCAGCUGUAUUUGUAUCCAGUGCAGCUGCUAAUCAGACAACCACAUCUGUAAUAUUUACAAACUCAACACCCUCUAAAGUUUUCACCACCUCAACCACAUCUGCACUGCCAACCACUCAUCUCUCAACUAAAGCUUCCACAGGUUCAGCCAUGCCAGGAGAGGGAUUCAUCAUUCUACAAAUUCGUUUACAGUUACAAUAUAUUGAUGCUUAUUAUAACCCUGCUUCCAUGGAGUACCAGACUCUGUCCUUAAACAUCAGUACUGAGCUGAAUCGAUUCUUCCGGGAAAUUUAUGGGACCUACUUCCUCAGAUGUUAUGUGAAGAGAUUCUGGCCUGGGUCAGUGGGUGUGGAUAUAGAACUUAUUUUUAAAAACUGGACUGUGCUUCCAAGUGCAGCAAGUAUUGCAGACACUCUUAUGAAAGGAGUUAGUGAAUCAAGAGUGUUCCUUGGUGUGAUUCCUUCCAGUAUCACUGUUGUGGAAGCGCAAGACUCAAGUUUGACCACCAGACAAACACAGUCAUCAGAAAGUGUUCCUACAAUGCAAGCAUCUUCUGCUGUUUCACCAGUUCUGUCUAGUAUGCUGUUGAUGCUUUUGCUUCUGCUUUGGAAUUAAACACUGUAACUCUGCAAAGUUUUUCUCCAUGUGUCAUAUUCAAACCUACAACUGAUAUUGUGAAAACUCUAUUAUCUGCUAUAGUGAUACAUUAAUAUUACUCUUGGUUUUAUGUUAUGGAAAAAUUACGCUACAUGCAAUACAAAAAUAGUCCAUGCAGAGGCAACACAGCAAAUCAUACUGUAUUAGAAAUCAAUUAGAAAUGGAUAUGUUAUUCUUAAAAUCAGGAACAUCUACAAGACAACACACAAAAUGAACUUGCAACAUUUUUACUCCAAUACAUUUAUUUAUAUACAUAUAUACAUUUUAUGAGGUCAUAAUAAAAUAUAAUUUUAUUAUCAAAUUAACAAAAUUGUUUAAAAUGCUUUUAACUUUUCUGCUUUUUUUUUUAAUUUUUUUUAACAGAUUUGUAUUUUUGGUCAAACAAAGGUGGCCUUAACAAAUAUGUACUUAUAUGACAAAUUAAGCACUUGAUACAAUGUACUUACGCUGUACCUUAAUGUUCUCACAUUGUACUUACAAUUAAAGUACCUGCAUGAUCAAUCUAGUGUAUUUACAUUUGUAAGGACACUUUUUGCAUAAUUGUAAUAUUGUAACUAAAAUUGCAGUUUCUGUGAAACAUAUUUGGGGCAAUUUUAUGUUUUUACAAGUGUGAAGCGUUAUUGCUCAUGCAUACUUGCUAUUCAAACCAUUUAAUAGUCAUGCAAUGGAUGCAUCAUCUGUUUAACAAAUGUUUGGUAAUUGGAUCAAUAACAUGUUGUGAUAGCUUAAAUUCUUCAUAACCUUUCUUACUUAAAAAAAAAAAAAAAAAAAAAAUGGGUAACUGACUUUAUUGUGCUUUGGCUACAGUUGGUAAUUCCAGUGAGAACAACAACCAUGCAUAUCAUUUCUGCAGGCUGCAUCUUACUCUGUGAGAUAAACAGUCACUCUUUUCAUAGCUUUUGCAAUCCUCAUCCUCAUCACUAAAUGAAAGUUUAAAAUGAAGGCCUGAUUAUUUCAGGGGCCUUGUCACAAGUCCAUUGUUUUUGAAUUUCUGUGUUACUUUUGCUAUAUUUUCACACUUAAAACAAUGAUUUGGUAAUCCUCUUGUACCACUGUCCUCUUUUGUGCUAAGA